AUGAAGAGCAGCGAGGAUAAGAAGCUUGAGAAUCAAAUCUACUACCAUGGAAUUCGGAAUCGCGAGGAUAUUGUGUAUGUUUCUUGUUUGUUGUUGAUUUUUAGGUAAAAUUGUGGAUGAUUGGAUUGGAAGAGGGCUGAAUUGGUUUUAGGAAUGGUUUUAGGUCAUUUUCUAAUCGAAGUUGUUACGAAAUUUGCUCUAAAACGGAAGAAUUUAUAUUACUUUAGGUAGCAAGUAAGGGGAUGUUAAAAAAUAGGGUUAUGCCCGAUGUUUCUGCUGGAAUUUGUGAUUUUCUAAUAGAGCAGGGCAAAAUAGAUGUCCCACAAACUUUUUGAAGCAGGAAUUGCUGCUUUGUUGCCAGAUUGAGACCUUAUACUAGGCUGUAUACCUAAAAUAAGGUAAGGCGAAAAUUGUAAACUUUUCAAGCCUUUUCGCUAUUUCCGCUCUUUCCAGGUCUGAGCUCAAGUACAAGGGUGAUUUUGCGGUCCGCGCCAGCAUGGACAGCGGCUUCCCGAAGCUUGUUCUGAACGUCCGCGGCAGCCGAGGGCCUUGGAAUCUUCUGCUCGACGUAGUCGAUGGGAAAUAUUGUCUACGGCUCGAGCGGAAGAAAGAGAAGUUCCCCUCAUUUGAGACGGUGGCCGAAUUGAUCGAACACUACAAGAUAUAUGGACUUCCGCAUGGCCCCAAAUUGCGACAUCCGAUUCCUCGGCCUGAAUGGUUGUUACGUCAUCAAGCGCUGAAUUACGACCCGCAGAAAGACUUGCUGGGAGCCGGCAACUUCUGCUCGGUAUUUAAAGGGACUAUGACCAGGAAUGGAGUUUGUAGACAGGUAAAAUUGAGGGAAUUUUAUAUUGUACUUGAUGCGAAAGAUAGUUUUGGUCAUGUAAAUUAUGGGGAAGAUUAUAGUUCCAAUGACUGAUAUAAGACAUUAAUAGCUUGUAGAAUGUAAUGGAAUUGGAUUUACUUCUAAUUUUUGAGAUUAGAAAGAAAUUUUAUAUUGUUUUAGACAUCUGAUACCAAAUCCAAAUUUUCGUUGAUUUCGAGUCGAUACGGCUCUUUUAUUGCUAGUACUGUUAUGAUAGGACCUGUAGGACAUUUUUAUAACAAAAUUGCGGUUAUUUUUCAGGUAGCUAUCAAGGUAUGCCACCCUUCGGAUGAUAUGACAAAUCGCCAAGAGAUCCAUGAAGCCUGCCAAUCCAUGUUAUAUGAAGCCAAAAUCAUGUCCAACUACUCACAUGAGAACGUUGUUGAGCUAAUGGGGAUCGCGUGUGACCAUCCACCGAUCAAGAUCGCCUUGGAGUUUUGUCCCGGAGGAGCUUUGGAGGAUCAUAUUAAAAAGCGGACCUAUAUUUGCAAUGUGGAACUGACGUUGUACGCUUUUGAGGUAAGAAUAAAAGUUUUUGGAGGGGAAAGGAAUCAAGAAUUUAAAAUUUGAGCCAAAAAUUAUUUUGCUUUAUACAAAAUUUAUAUUGAUUUAGGCAAAAAUGGAUGUAAGAUGCCGGAAACUUUACGGAUAGCGAUGAAAUUUGGGCAAAAUAUUGUUCAUAGAUCUCUUUACUAUAGCUGAAAAUUUCAGGCCGCUCGAGGAAUGCGUUACUUGCACAUGGAACGGUGUAUUCACAGAGACCUGGCUUCCAGAAAUUGUCUGAUCUCGGCGCAAGGAAUAAUCAAAAUUGCCGAUUUUGGCCUCUCCAAGGUUGCCGAGGAGUUUCAGACGCAAGAGAAGGCCCUAAAACAUAUCCCACUCCGAUGGAUGGCUCCGGAAACCAUCAGAAAGCCGCCAGUGUACCUUGUGAAUAGUGACGUGUGGUCGUUUGGAGCAUUGCUGUACGAAUUGUUCAAGUAAGAAGGCUGUUUGUGAAGUUUUGAACGAGUGACUAGUUUAUAUACUAGUUGGAAGUCUCAAAAAUUACGGAAUUUUGGCAAUACGAUAUUGUUUUAGAUGAGUUUCAACUGUUUUUGGCCAAUUUUUUAUCGAAACUACUUUCUGCUAGAGUUUAAGACAGAUAUUUAUUUAAUCAAAGGUGUUAUUUUGACGGUUAGACUAUAAAAUGCUCACUACGUCCUCUAUUUGUUGCACAACAAGGGGUUAUUUGAGCAGCAGACGUCAAAAAGUGUUAGGCCCAAAAGGAAAGUAUUGGGGAUUAAGAAUUGCCCUUUUAAUGCACUUGAUACGAUGAGCAGAAAAACAAAUAAUAACAUAGAUUUGACUUACAGUCAUGGGAACGCACCGUUUUUUGACGAGAAAGACCACAGAGCCAUCGCAAAGAACAUCCGAGCCGCAAAAAUGCCCGAUUUCCCAGCUCGAACGCCCGAGCCAAUCAAAAAAAUGGUCUCUGAAGAAAUUUGGUAGGCUCUUCUUCGUUGUUACAGUGAUUCCGAGUAGUAUGACAUGAAUCUUUGACAAAGUUUUGAGCAAACAUUAAUUUAGCCUCUAAAAUAAGGUGUUCAGGGUGAAAGAGCCGGAAAGACGAAUCCUUUUCGACAAAAUUGUCGUCAUUCUGUUCAAUUACAUCGAGAGUGAGAUGGAUGCAUUCCCGGAGGUGAGAGAGUUGGCUGUCAAUAAGAUCAAAGGCGUGAAAAGAACGGCUAUCCUAACGGUGAGCAAGGAGAAUAUAAGUUGAGCUCAGAAAUGACCAAUUUUUGAAGGGAAUUCGGCUACCCUUCAUUUGGAGCAGAUUUCAUUUGGGGCAGAUCGGGUAAUGGGCCAAUAUGUAUAGCCAAUGUUGCAAAAUUCUUUGACCAGUCAGCCAAUGAGGUCAAAUCAUAUCUAAAUUUUUCAAUGGCUAGCGAAAAAGCUUGAUUCGGCUAGCCAAAGUGUCAAAAUGGCUUUGAAAUCUCGAAAAAAGCUGGCCAAAAAGGAUUUUUCUCACUCUUUGAGACCUAUUCCAAUCCUUUGGCAAAUUUUUUUCGAGAUUUCAAAGCUAUUCUGACACUUUGGAUAGCCGAUCCAGGUUUUCGCUAGCCAUUAAAAAAAUUUGGUUGUGAUUUCACCUCAUUGGCUGACUGGUCAAAGAAUUUUGCAACAUUGGCUAUACAUAUUGGGCCAUUAUCCGAUAUGCCCCAAAUGAAAUCGGCCUCAAAUGAAGGGUAGCCAAAUUCCCUUCAAAAAUUGGUCAUUUCUGAGCCCAACUUAUGCUGGAAUCCGGAUUUAAUUUCAGGCUGACAAAGAGACCCUGCUUCGAGAAGAACGUACAGAAAAUUAUCGGUCCGGCAAAAGAAGAGGUUCCUCGGAAGAGGAUUCCCCUCGCAGAUCCUCAAACAGACGCACCAGCCGAAAAAGCGGAAUGCGAACUGUUCCCAGAAGCCGUGUCCCAUCGAGCCAUAGAACCCGCACCGCCUCCUCAGCUCGGCCGAGCAGCAAGGACACUGGCAAGGAAGGCAACAGCAAGGAGAACAGCAAGGACAGCAAGGAAAUGUCGAGCGACGGCCAAGGCUACACCAAAGAGAGCAAAUACGCAAAAGUGUCGAAGGAAGAGGACGAGAUCCGCGCUGAAGACGACUCUGAAGGCAAAACACCAAAGGAAAUGAAGAGCAAAUAA